GAGAAAUAGAGCAAUCGGAUGCGGGGAUCAGAAACGGAGAUGGAGCAAUUCAUGAAAUCCAACAUAUCUUUAUUAAACUCACAACUGUACAGAGAUACGAAGAACAUUUUAAACAUCGUUCUGCUUUUACUACUCUUGAAUGAUGCAUGUGGUGCCAAGACAUAUAAAAGCAAAUCAGUCUCAGUGAAAGCUGGAGAAGACAUUGCUCUGCAUACUGGCGAGACUGAAAUACAGAGAGAUGACGACAUUGAGUGGACAUUCGGAAAGGAAGGCGAACUCAUAGCUGAAAUGAACAUAAAGCUCCAAAUCUUCGAAACGUAUGACGGCGACGAUGGACGAUUUGGUGACAGACUGGAGCUGGAUCGUCAGACCGGUUCUCUUAUCAUCAGAGAUGGCAGAAGCACAGAUUCUGGAGUUUAUACAAUGCAGAUCGUCAACAAAGGAGCAGCCAUUUACAGGAGAUUCUUCGUCAAUGUCACUUAUGCCCACGGUGCAAACGCACAGAAAACCAAAACGGUUUCAGCGUACGCUGGAGAAAGCGUCAAUCUGCUUUUUAAAACCGAAAGAAUCCCAAAAUCUCUACAGAGGGACGACGAAGUGCUGUGGACGUUCGGAAAGAAGCGCGUGCUCUUAGCCGAAAUCAAAGCAAAGCUCCAAAUCUUCGAAACGUAUGGCGGCGAUGGCGGGAAAUUUAAGGACAGGCUGUAUUUGGAUCGUCGGACCGGAUCUCUCACCAUCAGAGACGCCAGAAACACCGACUCUGGGGUUUACACAAUGCAGAUCAUCAACAAGGAGCAGCUACAUAUAAAAAAUACCACGUCGCCGUCUACGGAAAGACACCUCCCAAGAGAAAAGUAGAAAGAAAGCUUCCAACCCAACACACAGCACCUGCUUCAUCCUUCUUGCUCGCAGGACUGAUUGGAUUCGUCCUCUUCCUGUUUUUCACAUGUUUGCUUCAAUAAAAUGUAUUCUGUUCGAAUGUGCGUCCAAAGUGUACAAAUGAGCAAAGGACCCAAAAAUUGAAUUGUGCCUUUAACAAACUCUUUUAAGCUCUAAUAAUAGAUUUGACAGAACAAGAAGAUUAUUUUCUCUUUGCAGUUUGGCUUUAGGCGUAAGCAAAUGAGAAUGACGUUGUAAUAUUGUGUUUAAGUUAUAAUAUAUAAUACAGCAAAUCAAAUGCAAUCAGUCGUAUAAAAAAGUAGA